UUGACUCCUGUAGGUAAUGCCCCUUGGGCAAGACCACAGCUUCCUCGACGCGGUGGCUGUUCAGCGGGUUUCUCUUCCCUUGCUGGUGAUGGACAGAGUAGUGGGUCAUCGUUCCCUGACUCCAUGGAUCCCUCCCUUGUUAUAUUUGACAAAGAUGGAACUCUGAUUGAUGUAAAUACUGUCUGGAUUCCAUGGAUGGAAAGCCAUGUACGUGAGCUUGAAGAAGCCACUGGCCUUGCUCUUGCUGACAAAAUGUAUGAAGAAGUGGGCUUCUGUCCCAAGAAACGUGUAUAUUCUGAUGGAGGACUGCUAGCUCAUGCGACUGUUGCUGAAAUCAGACAGGCAUUUGUCUCUGUUCUAGUUAAAAGUGGAGUGGACGAAAUAAAGGCACAGAAGCUGGUAGACAACUGCUGUAAAGACUUCGACAGUGGUGGGCAUGACACUCUGGAGCCUCUGGGUGACCUUCCAGCAAUAUUUGAAAGUUUAAGGGCAAAGGGUGUUAAGACAGCUAUCUGCACUACAGACAGCCGUGAAGGUACACUGUCAGCUCUUGACAGGUUAGGCCUUAUGAGCAUGGUUGAUAAAAUUGUUUGUGGGGAUGACCAAGAUACUAAGCCAAAACCAGACCCUGAAACUGCACUUGGCAUUUGCAAAGACUUAGAUGUUUGCCCAAGUCAAACUGUUAUAAUUGGCGACACUGUCGCAGACACCACAAUGGGUCGCUCUGCGGGGCUGGGUCUCACCAUCGGAGUUCUCAGUGGGGCGGGCAACCAAAAAUUUCUGGAAAAGGAGGCUGAUGUUGUUUUAAACAAUGUCGAUGAGCUUCUCAACACAUUGUUUCCAACAGAUUCUUCGUCUUCAUCAUCGUGAGGGAAAUGUGAUGUCUUAUCAGAAAUGCUUUUGUUUCAUGGGCUAUAUAAAGAAAAACAUAAUGGUAUUGAUUACUUAUAGACUGGCUUCAGUACUUAAGUGACAUGUCAUUGAAACCUGGGUUGAUUUGGAUUAUAUAAAUUAGUCUCUACUAUUACAUUAACAUUUGUUCCCCUGGGGGGAUACCAUUACAGGGGUUUCACUAAGUUUUCAUGUAGGAGGGCCCAAUAGGAGAGUGAAUAGGAGGAAAAGAAUAUUUUUUGAAGUGAAUGUAUGUAUUCAUAAUAGGGAAGUAAUUAGGUAUUGACUUGUUCAUCCUAGUUAAGGUACCCAGCUUCCACCUUCUAGUGAGAACCCUGCAAUACUCAAGUAAGAUUGAUUUUAGUACAUGAAAAUAAUUUACAUGAUUAUAUGUUAUUAUCAUAAGAGUAACUUAAUUAAAAGUCUAAACAUAUUUUCAGGAAGUAAAAUUUGGAGUAGAGGAGACUGUUUUCAAAACAGUUGUAUAUGUAGGUUUUAAUAACAUAAAGCAGUUAUGCUAUGAUGGUUAGAAACUUGGUAUGUUGUGGAUUUCCCUUCAUUGUUCAUCAGAAAGUCACAUUUAGAGUAUUCAUUCUUAUUUAUUUCCGUAAGGUAACUUUGUCAUGAUCCCAUAAUAAACCUGCACUGUUCUCUGGAAAAGUAAGAGAGCUGUGUUUGUAAAUAGCUACAAUUGUAGGUUAAUUUAGUCUUCAUGACAGCCUUGUAUAUUAAGGUAGUAAGUGGAACCUUCAAGCUUUGGUGGCUUGGGAUUACAUCAAUAAUGAUAUGAGUGCGAAUGUGUUUCUAUUUUUUCUAUCAGUUUUGUAUAUCAAAGCCACAGUAAAUAGUUGAGAUGUUUUGGUCGUCGUUUUAUCAAUAUAAUUUUGGUGAUUGCACUGCAACUCGCUUUUAAACUUCUUGUCGUUUUAUCAGAGUUUGAUCAUGCGUGACUUAAUCUAGUUGUGCAGUAGCUGUUAGUUUAAGUGCCUAAUUACAAUACUGGAUAUAGAAUAAAAUUGACAAUUCAACUGGAAGUUUAACUUAUGCCAACAUAUGUUAGUUCACACAUGCAUCAAAGCCUCCAAAGCUCUUGUCAGUAGCCCCUUGAGCCAAACAUGAAGACUAGCAAAAGUAGUGUAGAAACCAAAGUGGUGUGUUACACUGUCAUAAAACUCUUAAAGAUACUUGAGAACAGGAGUGAAAUCUGUAAGUGAUAGUGAACAGUGGAUGAUUGUUUUCUACAUUUCUCAAGUUUUCAAAUAACCCAGGUGUUUUAUCACAGUGUCGUACAUUGUUUUGGCUUCUUUCUAUGCCUUCACAUGUGCAAAAUAAGUAGUCUAAGUUUUCUGUUUUUGACUUUGAUAACAUGACUUUUUAUCCAGUCAGACCACAAAGAAUCCAAACUACUGCAUUGUAUUUUGGUACUGUGUGGCUUGUGUUUGGAGCUUAUAUAACACAUACUCUGUUUGGCUAAUUCUUGAGCAUUACUCUCUCUUAAUGCCCAGGGGCCGAUUGUCGGUCUGCAAAAACAAAGCAAAAAGCCAUAUACCAAACAACUUAUAAACAUGGAGUGGUUAGCCUUAACAGGAAAAUCUCAAACCUUGGCCUUGCCAAGUGCUAGGUUGAUACUGCAAAGUCUCGCUUAGAGAUUUUGCCAUAAAGACCUCACUUGGUUAACUAGUAGCCAAAAAAA